AACAUUUAAUCAAGACAAUGAUCAGAGUAUUGAUCUAUAAUCGAUCGUUGCAGCCCCAGAAACAAAAAAUUCACUUUUCAGCUGCGUCUUUUUCCUCCGUCCUGCAGCCCCUUCGUGUUCUUGACCCUCAGUAUUUUCUCAGCGUCUCACUGUAUCUUGUCUCUCUUAUAUUCCUGUGUCUCCGUGUCCACUGCCCGGGGUGAUAAUGUGGUGUCUGCACUUCUGCCCCUGCACAGAUUAACCACGCUUUUGUCGGGGGGGACAAAGAAAAGCCCCUCCCUGCUGCUGAGCCGGGGCUUUCAGCAUGGCCCCUUGCCAGGGGAGGCUUUAAAAGGGUGGGGGCGCGUGGCUCCUCUCACUCUCACGGCAGGACAACCCAAGGGCAUCAAAGCAAGGUGAGUCCCUGUCCCCUCACCCAGCGCAGCACAGCACGGCACGGCACGGCACAGGGCAGCACAGCCAGGGUCGACCAGCCCCCUAAAUUCACACACACAAAAACCCCAAAGCACAGGGGCCGGCCGGGCUCCAGGGCCCGGCGGCCAUCACUGCACCCAGUGGGUGAGAUAAAGAGUGGUGAUGGUGGAAAAUCUCAGCAGCUGGAGGAGCAGGAGGAAAUGGGCAGAAAACAAGAUAAAGAGAUAGAAUGGGUGGGAGAAAAGUCUGGAUGAAGCCUCUGGCUCCUCUGACCCUCUUCAUUUUUCUGUAGGAACUAUAAAUAGAUGCUUCCAGUUCAGGAAUGAUGCACUCAGGCUGGGUUCAGUAUCCAGGCCACUGUGAUUCUGGAGCUUUUCAACCUUUAGAAACACACUCUGAUGCUGCUGCACAGGCCGUUUAACAUGUUAUACAGCACUGAUGAACAGUUUACAGCACAUCUCCUGCUGUGCUGCUUUUACACGUGUUUUUAUUGACUUGUUGACUGCAGUCGCCUCGGCGUGUCCAUCUUGUCGUCUGUUCGUCCUCUAGCUGCCUCUCAACCGUCUUGUGUUUAUCUCUCCUGCCAGACAAGAUGACUCACCACUGCACCAAGUUCUCCGGCCACUGGAAGAUCAUUGUCUUCGAUGAGGAGUGCUUCCAGGGCCGCCGCCAUGAGUUCACCUCUGAGUGCUGCAACGUGAUGGAGUUUGGCUUCGAGACCGUGCGUUCCCUCAGAGUGGAGAGUGGAGCCUGGGUGGGUUAUGAGCACGCCUCCUACCAGGGACAGCAGUUUGUCCUGGAGAGGGGAGAGUACCCCCAGUGCGAUGCUUUCGGCGGCAGCAACGCCUAUCACAUUGAGAGGAUGACCUCCUUCAGACCUAUCGCCUGUGCUAACCACAGAGAGUGUCGUAUGACUAUCUAUGAGCGUGAGAACUUCCUGGGCCGUAAGGGUGAGCUUAGUGAUGAUUAUCCCUCCCUCCAGGCCAUGGGCUGGUGCAACAAUGAAGUUGGCUCUCUCAGGAUCCAGUCUGGAGCAUUUGUGUGCUACCAGUACCCUGGUUAUCGUGGAUACCAGUAUAUCAUGGAGUGUGAUCGUCACUGUGGGGAGUACAAACACUUCAGGGAGUUUGGCUCCCACUGCCAGACCCCUCAGAUCCAGUCCAUCCGCCGUAUUCAGCAGUAACAACUUACUCCAAACCCCCUUUACCCAUGUGACCCUUCACCUCUGACCCCCGCUGCCUCCAAGUGCUGAAUAAACUGUCUUUCUUAAACCUUA